UUACACCGGAAGUAUAUACCCGGAAAUAUGUUUACCUUCUGGGCAGGGACCACCGGACAAAGCCGGUGGAUGAACAGCAGCCGGCUUUUUAAAAUCCACCCCACCCUUGGUAUUGUUUGGUUGCUUGUUUUGGAAGCAAAUUAAGUCCUGGCGUGUUGGUAUGCGAUUGGUCAUUGCUUGUUUACCCGUUUAUCUUGCAUUUUUAAUUAACAACAUCUCCCUGCUCUCUCCGGUCGACUGAGGACAUUGAUUUUUGUGGCGUGGGUGCUGGGUUACGUCGUCUUUCUGCACUCCGUCAGGAUGAUAUGGACGGCUAAGUACGCGCGGGGUCCACUGGCACGCUCACUUUUAGUGAAUAUGGUGAGCGAAGGGGAAGGAACAGCGAUGGAGACGCAGGAGUGGUACAAAUGCUGCCCCGAUCUGCUUGGGGAGUCUCUACGACCACUGUUUGUUGAGAGUCAUCUGGAUUCAGGCACCAAGGCUUUCCUCAAGCAAAGCAUUGAGAAAUCGAACUGGUUAUUCACACAACUGUAUCACUCCUUUGUUUCAAGUGUCCUUACCCCUCUGGUGUCACGCACUUCCAUCAAUGGGUUUCUGGGUCGUGGGUCCAUGUUUGUGUUUUCCGCGGAGCAAUUCCAGAAACUUCUCAAGGUCGGACCAGACUGGAAGGCAGAGAAACUCCUGGACCUUGGAGCCGGUGACGGUGCUGUUACAGAAAUUAUGAGAAGCCAUUUCAGAGAAAUUUAUGCUACUGAGGUCUCGCCACCGAUGAAAUGGCACCUGCAGAGGAGGAAUUUCAAGUUGAUGGGCAUCGACGAGUGGCAGCGAAGCGGCCAGCAGUAUGAUGUCAUCAGUUGUCUCAACCUGCUGGACCGCUGUGAGGAUCCUCUCCAUCUCCUGCGGGAUAUCAGGCGAUCGCUCGUUCCCAACACCGGACGCCUCGUUCUUGCUGCUGUUCUUCCUUUCCAACCCUACGUGGAAGUUGGUGGGAGAUGGCAGCGUCCCCAAGAGCACUUAAAAAUACAAGGCAAGACAUGGGAGGAGCAAGUCACGAAUCUGUCACAUGACGUCUUCCGAAAAUCAGGAUUUGAGGUAGAGACUGUGACCCGCUUGCCAUACCUAUGUGAAGGGGACAUGUACAACGAUUACUACGUUCUUGAUGAUGCAGUUUUUGUUCUUAAGGCGUCAAACGUGACUGAAGACUCUGGUCAGUGAAAAAUGAAUCUUGACCAAUUUUGCCAAAAUGAACUUUGAAAAGGUGGGUUAAAGUCAGUCAAAAGACUGACAAAUAUUUUUCUUGUUUUAAACAAAAAAGGGGUUGGAAGCGCCGGAAUUAUGUUUACCAAACAUUUUGUGUGACUGUGAUACCUCGCCAUUUUAAAACAGGUCACUUUAUUCCCAUACCUCAAAACGGUGUACGGUGCCGGGAUGGUACAGUAAGAGCUACACAUCGCUAUACUGUACUGUAUCAUGUUCUUGUUUGGGAAGUGUAAAAAUUGUUUCUUUCCAUAUCAAUGUGAAAAAAAUCUUAUCUAAAUGCACAUUUAUUGACAUGGUUUAAAUGACUGAUUUUAUACUGAUUUACAUGAUGCUAGUUAUAAAGGUUCCCUCAAGUGAAACUUUUUUUUCACUGGUUUAAAAAAAAAAGCAUGCAUUGAAAUCUAAUUCAUUUACUCAUCAUGUACAGAUUCAAAGAUAAAACCAAAUAUAGAUUAAACUUUUAAAU